AUGCAUUCUCACUACCCACUAGAUUACGCCAAUCAGGCCGUCAAUAGUGAGAUGUGGACAUACGUGGACAGCGGGGGCGGCGAGGGGCGGGCUGCGCCGUGCUCCCGGGGCAAACACUCGGCCACGCUGUUGGGCGGAUACCUGUACCUGUUGGGUGGAAGGGGAGCAGGUGGCUCCGUGCCGCUCAGAGACUUCUGGCGCUUCUCCCUUGCGACUGGUCAAUGGGAGCGCUUGGAGUGCCGCGGGGAUGCCCCGCCCGCGUUGCAGGAGCACACCGCCACGGCGCACGAGAACAGACUCUACGUGUUCGGCGGCGAGGCGGGCUCGUCCUCCAGCGAAACGCCGCUCUGGAUUUACGACACCGAGCUGGAGGUGUGGCGCAAGCUGGCGGGGCAGGUGCGCUGCGGGAGCAGGCGUCGCAGGGGCGCAAAUUCGGGGGCGGGGGCGGGGGGCAGCACGCCCGCCGGCCGCAGGGCCCACUCGGCGCACCCGCUGCCCGACUGCCUGCUGCUCUACGGCGGCUACAUGGACCUGCGCGGCUCCACCAACGAGCUCUGGGCCUUCCACUACGAGAGCGAGACGUGGCGGCAGGUGCGCGCCCUCCGCGCCGGCCCCGCCCGCCACCGGCACGCGGCCGCGCUGCUCGGCGACCGGCUCUACGUGCACGGCGGCCAGUGCGACCUGCGCGACUGCGGCGACCUCUGGCACUACGACAUAGUGUCUAGAGUGUGGACGGCGGUGCGGGGGUCGGGGCGAGCGGCCCCGAGCGCCCGAAGCGGCCACGCCGGUCUCCGCGCGGGCGCUCACCUCUACAUCUUCGGCGGCGAGGCGCGCGGACACGCCACCAACGAGAUGUGGCGCUUCCACUUCGCAACGGAGAGCUGGGAGCGUAUCGAGCAGAGCGCGAAGUGGCCGUCGGCGCGCGCGGACAGCCGCGCGCUGUUAGUGGGAGGGGCGGGCGGCGGCGGAGGGGCGGCGGCGGCGGCGGGGGCGGGGCGAGUGCGCAGCGCGGUGGCUCCGCGGGGCGUCGCGCGCCGCCCUGAGCCGCCGGCCGGCUUCCUGCGCGAGAUCUCGAAGCUGUCGGGGCUGCGGCUGCGGCGCGCCGCGCGCUGCUCCUACACGGCGCUGGCGGGCGAGCGCGACUCCACCGAGAGCCUGCCCAAGUCGCGCUCCGCCCACGUGUUCGCGGACAGCGACGAGAGCCCCGCCGAGGCCGACGAGGCCGAGCCGCGCCGCGACCUCUCGCGGGGGCCGCUCUCGGUGCCCGACUUCGCCGACGUGGCGCUGCCCGCGCCGAAGCAGCACGCGCCCGAGGCCAGGAUCGUCAAGUCCGCCUCGGUGCGGUUCGGCAAGGCGCCCGGCGCGGACGACGAAGCCGAGCUGUCCACGUCGGACUACGCGAGCGCCGAGAAGGUGAACGGGUCCGGCGCGCCGUCGCUGGGCUUCAGCAACCCCCACUACCUGGGCCCGGACGUGAGGAGUCUGGGGAUGGCCAUGACCCCGGACUCGGGCAUGGGCGCGGCCGACAUCGAGCUGCAGGAGUUGGGGGAGCGGCGCGCGAGGAGUGAGCCCAGGGGCGGCAACGCGCGGCUGCACCUGCUGCUGGUGGGCGGCAAGGAGCCCCCGCACCUGGCGCUGCUGCAGAGUCCGCUCUCCAUGUGGACCUACAGGCUCUUG